UGGGGGGAUAACCUUCCCAGACUCCCGGUCCGUCUGUCUCCUCCUCAGACAAAACUAGGUGGCCGCACCAGAUUGGGAUUGGCCCUGAUGAUCACAAGGACCCCCCUCCACCUCUUUUCAGCCAAUCCUGGAGGGGCGGCAGAGCUGAUGUCUGAGAGGGCGAGAGGGUAUUUGUGUUCUGGAGUCCUGAAGAGACAAGCCACAUCACGAUAAAUGGAGGAGAAGGAGCGAUGUAGGAGCAGGUCUCCAGCUCGGAGAACCAGUCGGGUGCAGCAGGUGGUGGGAACAAUAAUACGACGUACCCGAGAGUCGCUUAGCAGAGAGCGGUUGCUAGGCGAUGGGAGGUCGCAGCGCUCCAACAGUCUAUCCAAUCAGAACUUCCAGGCUAAGCUGACGCUGCAGAUCACCAGGGACCCGGUCCUGGACAGCAGCACUGGACAUGGCUUCAUCCUCACCACAAAUGCACCCCUGCUGGUCAGGGACAUCGCCGCAGGGAGUCCUGCAGAUGGGAUACUGUACCCAGGGGACCAUGUGCUGCAGAUUAAUGAUACAGUGCUGGAGGACUUGAGCGCUGAGCAGGUGGAGAACCUCUUGAGGGACUUGGAGGAUUGUAUCAAUGUGACUAUCCUGCGGCACAUGACAAAUCCCAAGUCAUCAAUCAUGUCGGCAGAGAAGAGAGCUCGUCUGAGGAGUAAUCCAGUUAAAGUGCGCUUUGCAGAGGAGGUGGUGGUCAACGGGCACACUCAGGGAAACUCUCUUCUCUUUCUGCCCAACGUCCUAAAAGUCUAUUUAGAGAAUGGGCAGACCAAGGCCUUCAAGUUUGACAACAGCACCACAGUCAAGGACAUUGUGCUGACUCUGAAGGAUAAACUGUCCAUCCGGGCCAUUGAGUACUUUGCCCUGGUGCUAGAGCAACAGUACAGCAUCACCAAACUGCUGCUGCUGCAUGAAGACGAGCUCAUACAGAAGGUGGUGCAGAAAAAAGACUCUCAUGACUACAGAUGUUUGUUCAGGGUGUGUUUCAUCCCGAGAGACCCCAUGGACCUGCUGCAGGAUGACCCCUCUACCUUUGAGUACCUCUUCUUACAGAGUGUUGGGGACGUGCUGCUGGAGCGUUUUGCAGUAGAGAUGAAGUGUAACACUGCGCUCCGCCUGGCUGCCCUGCACAUGCACGAGAGGCUAGAUAGUUGUGGACAGACCAGGGCCUCUAUCAAGAGUAUUACGAGGGAGUUUGGCAUGGACAGCUUCAUCUCUCCAACACUGCUGAGCAACAUGAGGGAAAAGGACCUGAGGAAAGCCAUCAGCUACCACCUCAAAAAGAUCCAGUCCCUGCUAGAGCCACGCCAGAAGGUCAUUUCUGCAAGUCAGGCUCGGUUGGCAUACCUCACUCAGCUGGGAGAGCUCAUUUCAUAUGGGGGACGGUCCUACACAGCUACGAUGAUGCUUCAGGACAGGGAGGUGUUGGUCAGCCUGCUGGUGGGUGCCAAAUAUGGGAUGAGUCAGAUCAUCAACCACAAGCUCAAUAUGAUCUCUACACUGGUUGAGUUCAGCAGCAUCAGCCGAGUGGAGCUGCUCUCGGAGUCAGACAAAGUCAGUGUACUGCGCAUCUCACUGCACGACAUGAAGCCAUUUGCCUUACUGAUGGACUCCCUGGCAGCCAAAGACUUAGGGUGUCUGCUGGGAGGCUACUGCAAACUCCUUGUGGAUCCCAGUGUCAAUGUCUUCCGUCUGGGGCGCCCAAAAGUGAGGGUGCACCGGAUUCCUGCUGAAGAAGGUUAUGUGUCUCGCUGCUGCAGUGACUCAGAUGACUCAACAGAUGAGGAUGACCCAAUGGAUUCUCAGAAUUACAAACGCCCAGACCCAGCAAGCCAAGACUGGGAAGAAAGGAGGAGAGAGGAGGAAGAGAAGAGGAAAGAGGAGGAAAGGAAAGAGAAAGAGGAGCACAAAGGCAAACAGGAAGUGAAGAUAAUAGUGACAACAGAAGGUACAGAAAAUGAGGGUGAAGAGGAAGGGGGAGCAACAGGAAGUGGUCUACGAAAAUGUAGUAUUAUGGAUGAAGAAAUGAACAUGGAGACCACCUGGUACCACACUGACCCACGGGUCACCAGCAGCUUCUCCAGCUUGUCAAGUGGCUCCUUGAGUGCUGCCCUGGAGGAGAGCAGUGCCGCAGCCAAAGCCCCAUCUCGUCUGGAUGCGCUCCGUGGACCAUGCGAGGAUCUACCAGGCUUGGAUGUUCACCACCCCUACCUCCUGGAGCCAAAACGCCACCAAGGGCCCGUUCGACCCACCAACCUCAACUACCGUGGCAAUGACAACUCUUGCCUUUGUUUUGCUGAGCUCUCAAAGGCUGAUUUCCUCCCUAGCCCGCCUGAGGCUACUAGUGACGAUGAUGAUGACGAUGAUGAGGAAGAAGAGCCAGUAGUGGAGGGACUCAGACGCAUUUCUAAGAUACCUAGUUCAAGAGAUUUGAGAAUGAUUGACAGCAUACCCUUUCAAAGAUCACCCAUUAAAAGAAAGAAAAAGGUUCCUCCCAAAGUCCCAGUGAGGACGAGCUCAAUUCCUGCGGACAAAGCAGCACAGGCUGAGCAGCGCCUCUCCAAGGACGAAGAGGGUCUAUUUCUGACACCUUCACCCAAUCCCAAACCAGCAAUCUUGGUCAAAGAGACUGCCUCAGAGUCUGAAGAUGAGUUUUUUGAUGCACAGGAGAGAUUUACUCCUCCAGUUCCUGAUCUAUCAGACGCUGAGCUGGCUGACCGGCGGAAUGCUAAUCGGUUAAGUGGAGGCUGGAAUGGUCCUUCAGCUGUCCUGGGGAAAGAGCCAUCCUCCCCCGUUGCCAAUAAAGCCAAAUCCUCUAAAAUCAAAAGAGAAGUGGAGACGCUUAAAGGCCCCACAAAUCAACUUACCAACCAAAAGGCCAGUUUACCAGAGCCAACUCAGAAACCUGAAGUUAAGGUCAAACCGCUAUUGGCACCUAAGCCCCUACUGCCUCCCAAACCUAAGGUCAUUCCCCCCAUCCCCCAGCAUGCAAGAUCAUAUGCCCACUGCAAUGGGGAUGCCUCUGGACGUCAUUCCUCUGAACUUCUGGAAAUGGAGCCAGACACCAUGGAGUUUAAGUCUGUCACAUCUGGGGCAGGUGGGCUGCCUCUCUCAUCACCCCUGAUCAGAGCAGUGAGGUGCAGCAAGCAACCACUACCCAUAACAACCCCACAAACUGAGGACAAGAUAAGAAAGCAAGAAAACAGCCCAAAAAAGAAUAAAGAUCCGACACAUGAGAAUGGAGCACAUGUUGUUUCCAAUGACAAAGCAUACAUUGAUGAAAAGGAAACUCCUAGAGUUGAGGGGAAACACAAUGGGAAUGCUCUACCCACAAGAAAGCCCCCAAACCUACCCCCUAUCCCUCGCUCUAAUUCAGGUACAAAGCUAGCCAUUCCCCCUCCAGUACCCCCCAAACCCACUUCUCCCACCAAUUUGCACCCUUUAUCACUACCUGCUAGCUCUCCUGUCUCCCCAACUGAUUCAAGCAAAGGGAUCUUCAAGGAUAGCGUCACUACGCCGAAUGGAAUCCACCCUUGGAGCAGCCACAAUGGCAGCGUCCAGUCAGGAUCCAGGAGGGUCUCUCUGAGUCAUGAAAGCCUGUCGCCCAAAAAUGCAGAUGCACCUCUCACCCUUACUACCUCCCUUACUUCAACCAACUCCAAAGGUGUUGGGGGCAUUGAAAGCAGAGAGCCUGGAAGAUCUGGAUCAGGAUCAGACCUGAGGACCAGCUCCUCCAGCCUGGGCGGUAGACUUCCAGCUUCUGCCCUGAGAGGGAAGAUCCAGGCUCUGCCUUGGUACAUGACCCGUUCCCAGGAGAUUUUAGGAACUCUGGACUAUCCCUCCACUAGCUCCAUCAAUGGAGACACAUCUGGAUUUGGCUCUGGCUUGUCUGUAGCCAGCGGUUUAUCGGACUUAAACAAAACCCCUGUUAAGGAAAAAGAGACUGUGACCUCAAAAUCAGGAGGGAAUGAGAACAUUUUAGAGGAAGGAGCUGAGGUUGUCAUAGCCACCAUCAAAGAGGCCCAGGAAGUGACCUCACACAUGAAAAAGGCCAAUGGGACAAACGGCUCCAACUCUAAUCUGACAUUUAAAGAGAAUAGUGCACACAGUGGCAGUGUUUCAUCGGAGCAGCCUCAGUCACGGCCCCAUUCAGCAGUGGGGUUGGGAGGUGUGUCCAGCAUGCAAAUUGGAGGUGACUCACCAACCUCCUCGCUUGCUGACACCACUCCUCCUCAACAGCACCGGGAGGCUUGUGGCUGCCGCACCGUUUACGCCAACUGUUUCAGUGGAGACACAGAGGAUGGUAUAAGCUUUGACGAGGAGCUGACCAUUUAUGAGUUCUCACGUCGCACACGCCCACAACCUGCCCGACCUGCACCUGUCUCAUCUCCUACAACACCUUCUCCAAAGCCCAAUAUUCUGUCACUGCUGAGGGACAACCCCCGCCCACUCUCUACUUUCUCCACUGCAUCCUCUGAACUCAGUCCCCUAGUUUCACGUCCGGCUUCCCCCACAAACUCUUUUGGUGGACCUCUUCGUACACUUACCAACAAGAAUUAUGGUGGGCUUAAGGGAGGUUUUGCCUCCCUACGACAAGAUAUAGAACAACUUUUGCUGGUCUUAGAAAGGGGAUCACUUGAGCAAACUCAACAAACAUCAUGUCAAGACUCAAAGCAGGAUAUUACAAGUAUAAAAGUGGGGCCUGACCUAAAUCACAAUGGAACUGAAGGCAAUACUAUCCCAGCAGCAGACCCAAAUUGCUCUGGGACAAGCACAGCCGCCAUGACAGAGGCCGAAAGAAGUCUUCUCCAGGCAGAGGCACGACGAUUGGCAACUGGGUGUCAGCGGGCCACACGUGUAGGCUGGGCUCCCGAUGAAGCCCUACGCUCUUUAUCUAACAGCUUCAGUGCCCUGGUUCAGUUGUCUGCGGCCUGCCUGCGAAAAAACCCCUGCACUGGUUGUGAAAUGUGCCAUAAUGCGAGUCUGGUGGAUGAGGACGAUGACAGCCAGGAGGCCAUGGACAAGCUGAAGGAGAUAGUGGGUCUGUACCGAGAGUUUGUUGGGGCUGUUGAGACAGCUGGAACUGGUGCCGGGGUUGGGGGUAAAAGUGUGGGCCUCACUGGGUCGGGACAGGGUCAGGGGGAGAGUGACGGGGUCAGGGUUCUAGCCAAACGCUGCACUGUGCUCAUCUCGUCCGUUUUCGCACUCACACAGCUCUUUCGGACACUCACACCAGACACUGCGGACACGCCUGGCCAUGUACCUCUCAACUUUUGACCUUUGAACUUUUACCCACUUAAAACCCACAGACUCUAGAGGUGAGACAAGAGGAAACAGCACAGAGCGAUCUGGUGUGUGACCUCUGUGUUCUUGUAGUGCCAUGCACACCACUGCACACAAACUCUAACCCACAUUACAUAUACCCACAUGAAAAACACAAACACCAAACAAACCCCAAUAUGAAGAGAGGAACUUCAUUGCUUGGCCUAUUUGUGGACGCAUAUGGACUAUGCAUUUGUACAUAUGAAUUUUAUAAUUAUCUUAUAACUCUCUUAUUUUAUGAUACAAUAUGUGUAUGUAUGUAAGGAUGGAUUACCCAUGUAUGUAUUUAUGUAUUUAUUUUUACAAUAUUUGCACCAUGGUCUUUAAUGCCUAGGUCUCUGGUGGAAAAAAAACUAUGGAUGUCACUGGAUUUUUUUAAUUUUUCCUUCUCUUUGAGACAGUAUUAUGUUAUCUAUUGCUGCUUUAAAACUUUCUCAACUCCACAAGGUGUAAUCUGUAAAUUGUCAUUUUUCAAGUUUAGUAUAACAGUACGUUUUACUGACAAAAUACAGAAAAUAUACUCUAUCACACUUACAAAAUACAGUAAUUAACUGAUUUCUUUUAUAUGUGCACUUUUUAAGGAUUUAGUUUUUCAAAAUUACAGUCACAUAUAAAUGGGACACAAACUGAUACCAUUAUAAAGCAGGGAGAGCACUUUUGACUGUUACAGAUUGCACCUUUUUACGAGACACAUAACCUUGUGUAAAGUGUUUUUUCUACCCUUUCCCUAGUCCUGACUGACUCUAAGUGAUUGCCUCUUGGAAAUACUCCCAUUACCCACAAACGUAUGCAGUACUAUAACAUGUAUCUAGUUUUCAUCCAAAGUACAAUACAUAUAUAUUUUCUGGGAAUAUGUGGAUAAGGCCCAGGAAGCAAAACACAGGACCUUAUUUAUGUAGUUGAUAAAAGGUUUUUGACUAGGCACAAGGGUGACUGUUAAACUAUGUCCACAUGUAGCAAAGAUCCAAAGUAUUGAAACACUGAGCCACAACUGUUCCCCACUAUGGUUUUUCUCUUUGGACGCACCACCUUAUUAAUAUCAUACUGACUGAGAGAUGGACUGACUGCUGUGUGCUGGGGUCAGAACUGUAGAUAUACAUUUAUAUCAUUGUGUCCUAUUCUGUCUCGACCUUAGUUUAUGGCUAUGCAAACAUAAACUCCUCAUGCCCCCACAUACUGUAUCCUUGUUUUUGUGCUAACGUUAAAAACAACAAUAGCUGCAUUAUGUUUGUCUGAAUAUAAUGGGUGCUUUCUUUGUUUGGAAUGUUGGCUUUUGUCUUGUUUCGGGAAAUCUUACUGCAUUAUGGAUUGCAACAACAAAAGUUGCAUGGCAUUAACAUUUGUCAAUAUAAAGACUCUUGUCUAUACUGAUGUCUGUGAAUUGUCAGUAAAAGGAUUACAUCUUAACAGCUCGUCAAUGUCACAUGAUACCAACUCAUUUGAUGAGCCAUCCGCUUUGAAGGAUUUACUUCAGCCACCUAUGACAACAAGAGGGUAAUGACUUGCUUAUACAAAUAAGGGGAUUAGCCAAAAUAAAGACUGCUUAAGUGUUCAGAGACAGCUGGUGAGAAGUAAGUAAAUAUUUAAUCUUCCAACUAGAUGACAGAGUGACAUUUUGUCAUGGUGGCUAUCCCUAAAACAAACAAGAACGCAGGUCUCUUGUGUGAGAUUUUCAGAGCUUCCAAUUACUAUGGAGGUCCAGUAGCAGGGUCCAUAAUAGCACUAACAUCACGACAUACUGUAUGUGUGAGAAGCAUCUCUAGUUGUUCAUCAAGCAGGCCCAAUCAGUGAAGAGUGCCUGUGUCACCUACGUGUUUCAUUUUUGUGUCGUAAAACUGUAUCAACUGCAUUUCAUUUUCAAAGAGGACUUUGUGUUUCUACAUGAGCAGUCACUUUUCCGUACACACGUACAAUGAAGUCGA